CGGCAAUUCUUACCCUCACAUGCACACCUCCUCUUCAAUCGAACUCCUGAGAAUUAGCGCAGCUAGAUAGAUUACUCGCGGCUAUCUGGAUUCUGGACUCGUGGUUACACGAUGAACCGAGCAGCAGCAUAAAGGGGCCAUCAGAAAGACGGCUUUGCUUCCGUUCUCUUCUCUUUUGUUUGCCACGAUGCUGCCGUCCCGCAGGAAGAGUGCCGUCCUCGGCGUCGUCGCGUUGUCCUCCUCCGUCCUCAUCCUGCUCCACGCCUUCUCUCUCCCGGCAGCCUCUGCGCUCUCCGUCGGCCUGGCGCGGCGCCACAGGCACGAUGCCACGCCCGGGCUGGCCGCCGGCGGCUGCGACGUCUUCAGCGGCAGCUGGGUCCUCGACGGCGGUAGCUCGGCCUCGGCGGCGUACACCGGGUACAACUGCCCGCUCAUCGACGCGGAGUUCAACUGCCAGCUCUACGGCCGCCCGGACUCCGACUACCUCCGGUACCUCUGGAAGCCGGCCGGCUGCGAGCUACCGAGGUUCGAUGGCGCGGACUUCCUGACGCGGAUGAAGGGGAAGACGGUGAUGUUCGUGGGCGACUCGCUGGGGCGCAACCAGUGGGAGUCGCUCGUCUGCCUGCUGCACGCCGCCGCGCCGCAGUCGCCGGCGCAGCUCGUCUCCGCGGACCCUUUGUACACCUACAAGUUCCUGGAGUACCAGGUGACGGUAUCCUUCUACCGCGCGCCGUACCUGGUGGACAUCGACGUGGUCCAGGGGAAGCGGGUGCUGAUGCUGGACGACAUCUCCGAGAACGCCGAGUCGUGGCGCGACGCCGACGUGCUCUCCUUCAACUCCGGCCACUGGUGGACGCACACCGGCUCGAUGCAGGGGUGGGACUACAUGGGCGAGUCUGGGCGAUACUACGAGGACAUGGACCGCACGGUGGCGUUCCAGCGCGGCCUCACCACCUGGGCCAGCUGGGUGGACCUCAACCUCGAUCAAGCCAAGACCCGUGUCUUCUUCCAGUCCAUGUCGCCCACGCACUACAGCUCGAAGGAAUGGCCCAACCCGGUGUCGAAGAACUGCUACGGCGAGACGGCACCGGCGACCGGGCUCAACUCGACCGGCCAGGCCUCGGGCCAGGACCAGGUGAUCCAGGCCGUGCUGCGGGGCAUGAAGAGCCCCGUCCGUCUCCUCGACAUCACGGCGCUGUCGGCGAUGCGGAAGGACGCGCACCCGUCGGCAUACAGCGGCGACUUCUCGCCGGCGCAGCGCGCCAACCCCGGCGCCGGCUCCGUUGACUGCAGCCACUGGUGCCUUCCCGGCCUCCCGGACACCUGGAACCAGCUCUUCUACACACUCCUCUUCUACAAAUAGCAGUGACACCGCGAUCGACACAGAAGAAAGUCAUCCAAAUCCAACUGUACACCUAGCAGCUCGCCAGCCAUUCGUUUUUUUUCGUUGUGUUUGUGUGUAAAACUAUUGUGACGUCGUUGCAUCACAGGAGUAUACACAAUUAGUUGGCGGGAGAAAUGCGUCGAUAACGUUUAAAUAAAAGUGAAGAACGUACAAUCUCGGCAUC